UUUGAUUAUAAAAUGAAGUACAAUCGUAAAAUGCUGCAGUGUAAACUAAUGUAGGUGUAUUAAAUGCAUGUGCAUGCAUACGUAAGAAACAAAUGAACGGUCGGUUUGAUAUGAAAAAAUAAACUUAAAAAAAUAAUCAAAUUGUUAAAAUAAAAAUGUUAAUGAUAACAAAUUUAUCGUUAAAUAAUUAUAUAUUUAUUUUAUUAUAAGUACAAUUAUGUCAUGUACAUCAACCUUCAUCUAGAUAAAAAAGUACAUCUCUAACUUAUUCCUAACCUCAAAUAUUCGUAUUAAAGAUCAAGCUUUCGUUCAAUAGUCCAAAUUUAAUAAGUGAAAUAUUUAUUACUGAUAAAACAAAAUAAGGUAAUUUAUAAUAAACAUGUUACGAACAAAACAAAUAAGUGGUGUUUGUUCAUUAACAUUGGGUAAUUUUAUAAAGUGCGAACAGUUUGAGCCAAAUAUAAUUUAUACGCAGUGCAUUCGAUGGAAAAGGAAACCGAUUUGGUUACCAACUGCAAAGAGCAAGGUAUUCAGAGUACCUCCAAGACCAAAAAUACUUAUGGAAGAAUAUAUAGAACUUAAAAGAUUAAAUAAUAAUUACAGAACAGUCAUGAAAUCACUUAUGCAAUAUUUUGAAAAUGAGUUUAAGAAGAGUCAAGUCCAAUUUGAUGAAAUAACUGUAAAUAAAUUAGCGGAAAAGGAUUUCAUACAAUCUAAUUUAAUAAAUGAUGAAUGGAACAUGCAAAUAGCCAAAAUUAGAGAAGACAGAUUGGCAAGAGAAAAAGAAGAAAGAAAAGAAACUAUAUUAAAGAAGUUAUUAGAAAAAGAGGAAAGAGAUAAACGGAAGGAACAAGAAAUUGAAGAGCAUGUUAAAAAACUUAAGGAAGAAGCACCUACUUUUAUAACUGCUGCAAAUAUAGAUAAAGCGAUUGAGGAAGCAUUAAUAAAUAUUGUGAAUCAUGAUUUUGCUAUUGAUUUGAAAGGAAACUGUUAUACAGAACCAUACACUGACAGUAAAAAAACAAAUGUAAAUAGUAAUAAUGUCGUGAGCCUAUAAAUAAAUUAAAAUUAGUUAGUAGAAUACCUUUGUUUUUUUCUUCAUGUAUUAAUGUAAAAUGAAUAUAUUUCACUUUAUCUUGAUUAUUGUAUUUCAUUUUACUUUUGGAUUAAAAUAUACAUGAAUCAAGAAAGUGUUCGUAAUUUUUAGAAUAUGUUUAUUUAAAAUGACCAUGUAUAUACUAUAACAAAAAAUCUCUUAUAAACAUAUUCAUUCAAAUUCUAUGAACCUAUGUAUUUCAAACCAUAUCAUUGGUUCUCUUCACACAGUCCUUUCUAGUUGCAAUAACUAUACAUUUUGUUUCAAUAGUGAUAAUUUGCGUUCAACACAAAUGGAGUAAUAUAAUUAUAACAACAAUUAAAUAAUAUAUUAUUAUAUAUUCGUAUCCAUAAAUAUGUAUGAAUAAUUAAUAAGCAAAAUAAUUUUAAAAUGAUUGCAUUUAAUGAUUAUCGCAGAUAUAUUUUAUUUUUCCUGAUUUUUUAUGUAUUUUAUGCAUAUCAUUUUCUCAAAUUUUUAUAUGAUAUUCUGCAUUGAAUAAGAUUGUAAUAUAAAAACAUUAAUUAAAUGUAAUUCUGUCUGCGUAGUUUAUUGUGAAGUAACAGCAAAAAAUUACAUCUACACUCUCUUUAUAUUUUGUUUAUAUAUAAUAGCAUACUGUAAUUAUAUUAUUAGAAUAUCUUUGGCAUAGAAAUAAAUGAUCUUACUCCAUAA